AUGAGUUUACUAAAAAAUGUUCAUCAUGUUCGAUUCGCUACCAAAAGUUUAUGGCAGACUUGUGAAACACUAAUAAAGGGUUUCGGUUUCACGCUCCACUGUUUGUUCAAACGCGGUUCAGAAAUAAAUCUAGUGCUAAAAAGUAAUCAAUCGGUAAUAGUGCUUAACAAAAUCCAAACAUUGUCCAGUGUCUAUCAUUCAUUCAAGUACCACUCAGAAAUCAGUGACUGGUGUACACAACGUGAUGGACCAUUUGACAUUGCUUUAGAAGUAGCUGACGUGCAUGAAGUUUGUGAAAGAGUUUCCCGAUUUUCCGGGUUUGAUAAUAUUCUUUUGGAACCUACUACUUAUACUGAUUAUGAUGGAAAAAUUGUUCUAGGAGUGGUCAAAUCAUGUGUUGGGAAUUUGCUUCAUACAAUUAUUGACUCGUCACAAUAUAAAGGCUUGUUUUUGCCUGGAUACACAUUACCGGGACAGAGUGGAAAUGAUGACUUGGAGGAAGUGCUAAAUGAGAAUGAAUCGAAUCCCAAUUCUUUUGUGAAAUAUACUGACCAUAUAGCAAUCGCUGGGGAAAUUGGAGAUUCAGAUACUUUUGUGAAUUGGUACAAAACAGUAUUUGGAAUGGAACGCAUAUUCAUUAAUAUACAGGAAGAUGAAUCCCAAGGGUUUAUAGUAAAGUUCAAAAAUACUGGAAUGAUGUUGAAGGCAGUUUGCCAUAGAAAUCCAACUUCGAAUUCUGAUUACCGUAAUGCAUGCAAAUUUGUUUUUGUUGAACCCACAAAAGAUUCAGAACCUAGUCAAGUGACUCGAUUUCUACAAGUUAAUUCAGGUCCAGGCUUACAACACAUGGGAUUCGCCAUUGAUAACAUUAUAGAUGCAGCAGCUACCUGUCGUAAAAAUGGUAUAAAAUUUAUCACUGCUCCAGACGUCUAUUAUGAGGCUUUAUCUCAGCGUAUCAAUUUGAAAGAAUUUUCUUUGGAUUUAGAAAAACUUAAAACAUCUGGAAUACUUGUAGAUAAAGAGUUAAACAAUGAAGGUAAUCAAAUAGGAAGUCUACUACAAAUAUUUACUGAACCAUUGUUUCAGAAAGAUGGAUUUUUCAUGGAGUUAAUUGAACGUCGUAAUCAAUCAACUGGUUUCGGUGAAAAUAAUAUCAAUGCUUUAUGGGAAGCAUUGGAAAUAUCACAAACAUUGUAA